CUAAAAUCACAACAUAAACCUCCCCCGCCCCUUUCCUCUCUCUCACGGAGUUUUGUGCUAUGACGCUGUACCUGCUUUACGAGUCGGCGUCGGGAUACGGUCUAUUUUCAGCUGAUGGAAUUGAUGAAAUUGGCCAGAACACGGAGGCUGUCCGGACCUCCGUCGUCGACCUUAACCGCUUCGGCAAGGUCGUCAAGCUCGCCGCCUUUACCCCCUAUGACUCCGCCCUUGAUGCGCUCAACCAGUGCAACGCCAUUUCUGAAGGUCAAAUGACUGAUGAACUGAGAAACUUUCUGGAGCUAACUUUACCCAAGGUCAAAGAGGGAAAGAAGCCAAAGUUUAGUUUGGGAGUGGCAGAGCCAAAACUUGGAUCACAUAUUUUUGAAGUAACUAAGAUUCCCUGCCAAAGUAAUGAGUUUGUUCUUGAACUCAUUCGUGGCAUCCGUUUGCAUUUUGAUAGGUUCAUUGAAAACCUGAAGCCUGGAGAUUUGGAAAAGGCUCAACUUGGUCUGGGUCACAGUUACAGCAGAGCAAAAGUGAAGUUCAAUGUCAACCGUGUGGACAACAUGGUUAUCCAGGCUAUCUUUCUGCUAGAUACUCUUGAUAAAGAUAUCAAUUCUUUUUCCAUGAGAGUGAGAGAAUGGUACUCUUGGCAUUUCCCUGAGUUGGUGAAGAUUGUUAAUGACAAUUAUCUGUAUGCCAAAGUUGCAAAAUAUGUGGAUGAUAAAGCACAGUUGUCUGAAGAAAAAUUGUCUGGUCUUACUGACAUAGUAGGGGAUGAAGAUAAAGCUAAGGAGAUUAUGGAAGCUGCCAAGGCAUCCAUGGGUCAGGAUUUGUCACCAAUAGAUUUGAUUAAUGUCAAACAAUUUGCACAAAGAGUAAUGGAUCUUGCUGAGUAUAGGAAGAAGCUCUAUGAUUAUCUUGUUUCCAAAAUGAGUGACAUUGCACCCAAUUUGGCUGCGUUGAUUGGUGAGGUUGUUGGUGCUCGUUUGAUUUCCCAUGCUGGUAGUCUUACAAACUUGGCAAAGUGUCCUUCUUCUACUCUUCAGAUCCUUGGUGCUGAGAAGGCUCUAUUCAGGGCAUUGAAAACGCAUGGAAACACUCCAAAGUAUGGUCUUAUAUUUCAUUCUUCAUUCAUUGGUCGUGCUUCUGCUAAAAAUAAAGGCCGUAUGGCUCGGUAUCUUGCUAACAAGUGUUCCAUUGCCUCUCGCCUUGACUGUUUCUUAGAUGCAAGUACUAAUGCUUUCGGAGAGAAACUCCGUGAGCAGGUUGAAGAACGGCUAGACUUUUAUGAUAAAGGGGUUGCUCCUCGUAAAAAUAUUGAUGUCAUGAAGUCUGUCAUUGACACAGUUGAAAGCAAAGAGGAUGCGCCUAUGGCUGAAAAUGGAGAUUCAAAAGACGAGUCAAAAUCAGAAAAAAAGAAAAAGAAAGAAAAGAGGAAAAAGCAAGAGGACGAAGAUCAGGAAAUGCCCGAUGCAAAUGGAGGCGAAGUAGAAGAUGGAACUGCGAAAAAGAAGAAAAAGAAGAAGAGCAAAGACAGAGACUUGGAAGAAACCCCAGCGGCUACCGAUGGGAAAAAGAAGAAGGCUAGAUCUUGAAGGUGAAGUGGGAAGCAAUUUUGGAAGAUGAGAUGGCUGUUUGUUGUCUCUAGACUUGAGUUCAAAUAUCUAUGAAGCUAAUUAGUUAUCUGUAAUGAUGGGUUUUGCUACUAUGGCGUGACUUCCUCAUUAGAAAAUUGUUAAAAACACCAAAACAUUGUAUGAUGGUAGUUUUGGAUAUUUGAUUAGCAAAGUAUUUAUAUCCUA